GGUUCAGCCCUGUCCUCCCUCGUCACCGAGUUCUUAUUAGUUUUUCCCUUGAAUCGUCAUCAUCGCGACGACCGAGAUAAGGUGAGGGGGAGGAGCGAUGACCAUGUCGCCGAUGACGCUAGCGGCGCUGCUGCUUUUGUUCGGGGUGGUUGGAGUCUCAUCGGACGCUUCUGAUCACCGCUACAAACCGGAUAAAGUUGUCCCUUUGUACGCCAACAAGGUUGGGCCCUACCAUAACCCUAGUGAGACUUAUAGGUACUUCGAUCUCCCCUUCUGUUCCCCAGAACCUGUGAAAGAUAAACUAGAAGCUCUUGGUGAAGUUCUAAAUGGUGAUCGCUUGGUUGAUGCGCCAUACAAACUUGACUUCCGUGUUGAUCAUGAAUCGGCAUCAGUGUGCAAAAAACAUCUCGCAAAAGAAGAAGUGGCUAAAUUCAGGAGUGCAGUUGCUAAGGAGUAUUACUUUCAGAUGUACUAUGACGACCUUCCUGUGUGGGGUUUCAUUGGAAAAGUUGAGAAGGAUUUCAGAACUGAGCCUAGCGAGUACAAGUACUUCCUUUACAGGCAUAUCAUGUUUGAAAUUUAUUACAACAAUGACCGUGUUAUUGAGAUCACUGCGCACACUGAUACUAAUUCAAUGGUUGACAUCACCGAGGAUAAAGAGAUAGAUGUGGAGUUCAUGUAUUCUGCAAAGUGGAAGGAAACUGUUACACCUUUUGAGAAGAGGAUGGAAAAGUACUCACAAACUUCUUCCCUGCCACAACACUUGGAGAUCCACUGGUUCUCAAUUAUUAAUUCUUGUGUUACAGUACUUCUGCUUACUGGAUUCCUUGCCACGAUCCUAAUGAGAGUUUUGAAGAAUGAUUUUGUUAAAUACACACAUGACGAAGAGACAGGUGAUGAUCAAGAAGAGACUGGGUGGAAAUAUGUUCAUGGUGAUGUUUUCAGGUUCCCCAAGAACAAGUCCUUGUUAGCUGCUUGUCUUGGUUCUGGUACUCAAUUGUUUGCUCUUACAAUUUUUGUUUUUGCCCUUGCAUUGGUGGGAGUAUUCUACCCGUACAACCGGGGAGCACUGUUUACCGCACUGGUAGUUAUUUAUGCUCUCACAUCUGGUAUAGCUGGCUAUACUGCUACUUCCUUCUAUUGUCAGAUGGAAGGAUCGAAUUGGGUUAGGAAUCUGCUAUUGACAGGAUUUCUUUUUUGUGGGCCUCUGUUCUUGACAUUCUGCUUCCUUAAUACUGUAGCUAUUGCAUAUAAUGCUACUGCAGCAUUGCCAUUUGGUACAAUUCUUGUUAUUGUUCUCAUUUGGGCGCUGGUGACAUCGCCUCUGCUCGUUUUGGGUGGGAUAGCAGGCAGAAACAGCAAAACAGAGUUCCAAGCUCCUUGUCGUACUACUAAAUAUCCCAGAGAAAUUCCACCACUACCUUGGUAUCGAAGAACCAUACCACAGAUGGCAAUGGCUGGGUUUCUUCCUUUCAGUGCUAUCUACAUAGAACUCUACUAUAUAUUUGCCAGCGUGUGGGGUCACAGGAUUUACACUAUUUAUAGCAUACUCUCUGUGGUUUUCAUAAUUCUGCUCAUUGUCACGGCAUUUAUUACCGUGGCAAUGACCUACUUUCAGCUUGCCGCUGAAGACCAUGAAUGGUGGUGGAGAGCACUCCUUUGUGGAGGAUCUACCGGCUUGUUUGUGUAUGCAUACUGCUUUUACUACUAUUAUGCUCGGUCGGACAUGUCAGGAUUUAUGCAGACAUCCUUCUUUUUUGGUUACAUGGCCUGCAUCUGCUACGGUUUCUUCCUCAUGCUUGGCUCAGUAGGUUUCAGAGCCUCACUGUUCUUUGUUCGCCACAUAUACCGGUCGAUCAAGUGCGAGUAAUUCUUGCAACCCGAACAAGGAAAU